GUCAUUUAUUCAGGUUAGAUCCCCAGCGAUUGUGACUCCGGUCCCAGCCAUUCCAUAUGGUAAAUUACGUAAUUACACAACAGGAAUUGCGACACGGGUAUCGAUUUAGGUGGAAUAGACGGCGGAAAAUUCAUUCAAACAACAACACCCUCGUCGGAGAGAGAGGAUCGAUCUAUAUUUCAGAAGGCCUAAGCCAUUUCAGGCUUUCAGUGUCGAGUCGCUGGCUUUCCUGCGACACAGGAACCGAACACACCGCCUGGAAUUAUUCAAUUUCGUGAGUGAUGAUGUGCCAAUCCAGCAUAAUUAUUGUUUCCUGUUCGAUGCACGGGAUUAUGUGAAGUUGUUGAGUGAAAUAGUUGUAGAAUUGACCUCCGACUGGACGCAAAGAUGAAGCUGGGAAUGUGGACCUCAGACAGGGAGACUCUAAGGAGAGAUGGACUGGUAUUGUUUAGCAAAUUAAUCCGCACAAAAAACGUAGAUAAUCUCCAGGAACAGCGUAGGCCUCAACCUACAGACGACAGAAAACAAAAACUCACGAAAUGUUUGACAACAUUAGACCUGACAUCCCUGGGCGUGGGAAGUUGCGUCGGAACCGGCAUGUACUUGGUGGCUGGGAUGGUGGCGAAAAAUGUGGCGGGUCCCGGCGUCAUCAUAAGCUUUAUUAUUGCGGCCGUUGCCAGCAUAUUCUCAGGUGCUUGUUAUGCGGAGUUCGGAGUACGAGUGCCCCACACAACAGGUUCAGCGUACAUGUAUUCAUACGUAACAGUAGGGGAAUUUAUAGCCUUUGUGAUAGGAUGGAAUAUGAUAUUGGAGUACCUGAUUGGCACUAGUGCAUGUGCUUGUGCUUUGAGCGCCUGUUUUGAUGCUUUGGCCAACGGUGCUAUUAGCAAAGCGAUACACGAAAGCGUUGGAGUUGCUAUUGGUGGAGACCCAGAUUUCCUGGCGUUUGUGAUCACCCUGUUGAUGAUGUUACUACUGGCGGCCGGCGUGAAAAAAUCUCUUAUAUUCAACAAUGUACUGAACGUCAUCAAUCUUGCAGUGUGGGUUUUCGUCAUGACCGCCGGACUUUUCUACGUCAACACAGAUAAUUGGACGAAGCACAAGGGUUUCCUCGCCGAAGGCUGGUCAGGGGUUUUCACCGGGGCGGCAACGUGCUUUUACGCCUUCAUUGGCUUCGAUAUUAUUGCGACGACUGGCGAAGAAGCGACGAAUCCCAAAAAAUCUAUCCCCCUCGCCAUUAUAUCCAGCUUAGGGAUCAUCCUUAUUGCCUACGUUACUAGUUCAAUGAUGUUAACUUUAAUAGUUCCGUAUACUGAUGUGGAUGAAGAUUCGGCUCUGGUUGAGAUGUUUGGACAAGUGGGUGCUUACAAAUGCAAGUAUAUUGUCGCCGUUGGGGCCUUAGCGGGAUUAAGUGUCAGCAUGUUUGGUUCCAUGUUUCCAAUGCCCAGAAUUAUUUACGCCAUGGCACAAGAUGGACUUAUAUUCAGACUUUUUUCACAAGUUUGGCCUAGCACAGGAACACCAGCCUUAGCAACUUUUGUCAGCGGUAUGGCUGCUGCGAUUGCUGCUCUUUUUAUACGAUUAGAAAUCCUUGUGGAAAUGAUGUCAAUAGGAACUCUCCUAGCCUACACCUUGGUGUCAACAUGCGUCCUGAUCCUGCGAUACCAACCCCAUUCCACCAACCUGGUCGAGUUACUGCCUCAAAGUCUCCGUACCCCCCUAAGAGGUUCACCCACCAAAGAAGGGAUGCAACAGAGCCCCAACACGGAAGUUCUCUACGGCAACCAAUUACAACCGGACGCCCUAAAACAAGCCAUAGAUGCUAAUUUGGGUCCGGCCAUUCCGUCACCGUCUCCUUCGCCGUUACCCACUCAGCCCACUCAAAGAGUCAUGGUGCGAAGGAUCACAAGGAGUUCUCCAGACAGCGACGACACUUUUGGUGGGGAUGAGCCGGACGAUGAUUUUUCUACGAGGGAUGAUCGAUAUUUAGUCUCCGAUAGAACUGAAAACAAAUUUUAUGGAACACUUCAUGGUGCUGGCAGUGCCACUAGUACAGGUGGUGUAGUUGGAUCCACCGUAGGCCCUAGUUUAGGAUACAUAGGACGCAGAUUACAAGCGGCCACAUAUUUAUGUCCUGCAAUAUUCCCUUGGGUAGACACAGGACCAGCCACAGAAGAAUCUGGAAUGUUCGUCAUGAAGAUGGUGGGGAACCUUUACAUUUUAAUAAUUAUAUUCGAUCUUUUAAUAGUGUGUGGUAUGCACAACAUGAACGGGGCAACCACUUUCUUCCUAUUCCUAUUCCUAUUUGCUAUUAUUGGAGUGUUACUUGUCAUAUCCAGGAAACCACAGAACAGGAACACCUUAAUGUUCAUGACGCCUGGUUUACCUUUCGUCCCGGCCAUCGCUAUCACUGUAAACAUUUAUCUAAUUCUGAAAUUGUCCAUUUUAACUUUAGUCAGGUUUACUAUAUGGAUGACCUUAGGUUUUCUCAUGUACUUUUACUAUGGCAUAAAGAAUAGUACUUUAGAGGAGAAGGAGAACGACCAAAACAUUGAGCUCACCGUCACCGACCACGAAAAACCAAAGUAUAACAGUACCCCUGCAUACACCGAUCAAAAUAUAUUUAGCCAACCCCAACCAACUUACGACUGGGAUCCGAAGACCUCGUGGGAUCACCAACCGUCGUGGGCUCAACCGCAGAACCAAUGGAACCAGCCGGCUCAACAACAAUACCAAGUCGAACAACAGUACAACAUAGAGACAAACAACACCAGAUCGGUGAUCAACAAGUCGAAACCACCCGUACCAAGCAAAGCGCCAAAACCUGGCACUGCAACCGUGACAGCAGGAGCGUCAGGUGGCAGCGCUUUGUUCGUCAGCGAAACCGCCUUCCCGUCGUGGGAUGAUUAGUAAACGAAACGAUGAUUAAGCCAUGUUACUGUUCUACUGUUGUUGUAAUAUGUCACUGUAAAUUUUUGAGGAGGUUGUUGAAAAUUGUGUAGUUUUACGAAAUUACGUUUGCGGGACUGAUGUUUAACUAUAUCCGAUAAGUGACGCCUUGGGGAACAUUUUUACCUUAAAGCAAUAACUUUUAAUGUUUAUUUUGUUGAAAGUCAAUCAUAACCAAUGAAUUGAUUAAUAAUAAUUCAAAAUAUAUAGGUGAAUGGAAUGAAGUCCCUUUUUUGACUAACUAAAAUUUGGCACUAAGGUGCUAAUUUUAAUUACAAUAGAACUAAAAUUAAUUUCAUAUAUAAUAAGGUAUUGUAAUGUUCUGUAAUAAAAAAAAUGUAGACUUAAAAAAGUUUUAAAACUGUUCAAGAAUGUGUUUUCUUUCAAAUCUACCAAAUACUCUCUAGUUUUCUUACACAAUUAGAUUUUUAUAAAUUAAAUAAAACGUUAGCAAAUAAAAUAAAACCUAUUAGAAUUAAUUAAUGUUUAAAUUAAUUAGUAAAUAAAAAUAGUAUAUUUCUUUUAUCGACAUAAAAGCAUUGAAAUUAAAGAUAAUAUUUAUAAACAUGUAAAUAACAUUAUGGUUGUGAAAAUAUUGGUUGGAAUUUGAUUUGACUAAAAAAUGUUGCCCAAUGGUGUGCGUAAAAUACUAGUAUAUAAUAUAUUCUAAACUCAAAAGAUAUCGUGAACAAAUGUUUAUACACCUAUUUCCUUUCCUGUAUCUACAUAUCAUUUUUGAUAGUAGACAAAUCUUUUUAUAGUAGUGGUAGAAAUAGUUAAGCAACAAGUGAUUUAUGUUUAUGUAUACAUUUUUAUAUGAAAUGUAGGAUUGUAGUGGACGAAGUGGUGAAAAUGAAACGUUGGGCAACUUGAGGGACGCAAUUUAUGAAUUACAUGACAGACAAUUGUUCACGAAUUAUAUUAUUAGACAUUUAUAUUAAGUAUAUAAUAAAUAAGUAUACCAGUACUAUGUAACUACAGUAAGAGGAUUUAUUAUAUUCAAUUUCAUGUGACACAUUGUCUAAAUCGUUAUUUAAAUUUAUAUUCAAAGUUCAUUUAAGUUUCUGGAUACUAAACAGUUUGUAUAUAAUACGUUUCUUAUUAUUAUUUUACGUAGAGUUCGUCAUAAAUUUAGUAAUUAAUAUUCGUCAUGAAAAUCUGGUGAUAUAAAGGCACAAUUCGUAGCUAGCAGUAAAUUAUUAUAAAUAAAUUGCACCUAAUUUGCCUAUACAGAUCAAUGUGAUAGCGAUAUGUAAAAUAUUAAGUCAAUCGGUUAUUACUUCAGCCAAACAUUGUUCUAUCGCAGUUCAAUCAAUGAUCUUCCCCUUAAUUAAUUCAUUCCCUGCAACAGUGUACUCCAUUCAAGUUUCCUUCUGUGUUUAAGUAAUAACCGAUUUGUGUAGGUUUCCGUAAUUGUAUUUCUUUGACUGAUUGCUUAAUAUCUUUCAUGAGUAUAUCAUAAAUCAUUUGAUGGUUUCCGGAAUAUUUUGGCUCACGCCUGUAUAACUUACCUCAAUUUUUUCACAAUGUCUUCAACCAUCAAUUGGAUUUAUCGGCAUUUAUUCCAAAUGCCGAACUAAACUGCAUUUCAUACGGGUUAUUUUGAUUCCUAAACAGAUUUGAUUCGUUACUAUUUUUUCAAGUAUUUUUUAUAGGUAACGGUUGUUAAUGUAGAUGAGUAUUAAUUAAUUAAUAAUGUCACAGUAUAUUCGUAAUAUAAAUAAUAUAUUAAUUGUUAUCUCUUUAAAUAGCAUGUUCAUAUAAUGAAUAAAUCGAAUAUAAUAAUUGUAUUCGUGUCAUUAAAUAUAUUGUUAGUCGUGGUUUUUUGUUAUAAACAAAGUAUUUCCUCAAAAAUACUCUAUAUAACAUUAAUUCAAUAUUUUCAGAUAUAUUAUAAAAGUAUUUUGUAAAUUGACUGUAUUAUUUUAUAGUGUAAAUAACAAUAACAUGUUCAAAAGCAAAACAAUGUUCUAAAAGUGUAUAAAGAAAAUGUAAUUGCUUAUUAAAAUAAUUUAUUCGUUAUACUAAUUUUAUCACGCCUCUGUAUAUACACGGGACUGAUAAUAUUAUUAAAUAAAAAAAACGUCAGUGCCUGGAAUAUAGGAUGAUUGAAAAAAUCACAUAGAACAAACACAAUUUUUAUAAAGAACCUCCUGCCGAAGUUACCCAAAACCAAAGACAAGAGGUUUCAUUAUUUUACCGUUUACCCCGUGUUUUUUAUAAGAAUUGUGUGUAAUAGUUAUGCAAUGUGUGAAUUGAUUGCCUACUAAUGAAAAAAAUCAUAUUAUUUAUUAAAUUUUUAUUCGUAUUUAAUCUAUAGCCAUAAUUUAGGACGAGACAUGUAUAAACGACGAUGGCACUUGUUGAACUAUGUUUAUACAUGUUACAUGCUUCAUUUUUUAUUGUGACCACUAUUUUAUUUUUCACACAAGUAUUUUUAAAUUAAAUUAUGCGAAUUUGUAUAAAUAACUUAUUAUAGUGAUAUCUUGGUGUUAUUUCUUCCGAUAUAAAGUAUAGUACUGUAAGUUUUAGAUGAUUCAAAAUGUUAAAAUAUUCAUUGGAAAAAUAAAUGAUUUCAGCAUUUUCAA